AUGGAUCUGGAGUACCGCGGGGUUCUUGCGCCGAAUGGGUUGGCUACACAUGCCUCACUCUUAACGCCUCCGGCCACCACCAGCGACCUUCGGAACAAUCUUAGGCUUCCUCGGCCCAUGACAGCUUUCGAUUUCUCCCCAAGAGCCUCGGAACCUUGCGCCAUGGACAAGAUCACCGCCAUCCCAAGCAAGCGGCGGGGUGGAUGUAGGAAGGCCUGUAAUGAGUGUAAACAGCAGAAGACGCCCGCUGAUGCAUGCUCACGCUGCCGCCGGCUCCAAAUAGAAUGCAAGGUUGAGCCCACUUUCCAACGUAUCUCCAAACGCCGGCGCAAUGCGGAGAUGGAAAGAGAAAUUGCGGAUCUCCGCCGCCGGCUGGCUAGUGGGGAGCAUCCCCAGUCUGGGGAGGCCAAUGCUUCGGACGAGCUGUCACAAUGUUCGGAGGACGUAUUCUGUUCCCCCGAUGCCGCGGUUGGCAUCAAAGGACGGCCCUUGUCGGCCCCUUUGGAGCCGCAGCCUAUGGCUUCUCCACUGACCAUUCAUCGAGACGCGUCUAUUUUGUCUCAGGAUGAUAAUCCGUGGAAAUUAGAAGACAUAUCGCUAUCUCGUACCCGGGUAGCACGGUUAUUUGAACAGUUCUUCAAAUACUAUCAUCCCUUUCUUCCGCUCCUGAACCCCCAGAAGCCCCCAGAUGAGUAUAUGCGACGUUGUCCACUGCAGGCAUGGACUAUCAUCUGUGUUGCCAGUCGACGAGCACCAUCUGAGCCUGGCCUCCUCAGCGCACUCUCCGGGCCGUUCAGUCGACUGCUCUGGUCCACCAUCACCGGUGUACCACAAGACUACCGUGUGGUCAAAGCACUCUGUCUCCUGUGUACUUGGCCGUUACCAACAACUAGCCAACGGACCGAUGCCACCUUUAUGCUUAGCGGCUUGAUGAUGCAAAUUUCUAUGCAGCUAGGGUUGCACCGUCCGGUUCAGGCCGAGGAGUUUACGACUUUCCGCAUGGAAGUACAAGGGGAAGCUGUGAAGGAUCGAUUGCAGACGUGGGUUAUCUGUAAUAUCGUAGCUCAAAAUGUCGCUACCGGGUACGGCCAGCCUCCGUCAACUAUCUAUGACUGGGCCUUGGAGCCCGCUUCGCUUCGAGACGCCGAUUAUCACCCCUCGCAUGAUCUCAUGACCCGUCUCAGAAUCGAAAAGUUCUGCGACCGAGUCACCAAAGCAUUGUACAGCAGCAAGCCUGAUCCUGCAGAAUUCAUCAGCUCCGAAAAGCUAUUGAUUGUACAGCUUUUGGAGAAUGAACUGAGAGAUAUGGAAGUUGAGUUCGGCCGGGACAUUUCCAACAUCAACAUGAUCCAUUUAAGAGCCGCCGAGCUGCACUUACGAUAUUUCGUAUUCCUGGGCUCUAAUGCCCGAAGCGAUGACCUAACCAAGCUAUUCAUAGCAACCACUUCCUUCCUCGGGCGCGUUCUCGAUCUGGAGACUUCACCCGGCGAGCUUAUCGGCCACGCGCCCAAUUACAUCCUCCAAAUGAUUGUCUCAGCUGCUUUCGCGCUUAUGAAGCUCCUCAAGAGCGAUUUCCGCCGCCACAUCGACUUCGAACAUGGCAAACUUUUAUUUAACGGAGCCAUCUCCGCCAUCCGUCGGAUCAGCGUCAUGGAUCACGAUCGUCCCGUUCGGCUGGCCGAUAUCUUGGCGCAGAUGUGGAAUGCCGGCAGCCCUGAGGAUCCGGCCAGCAGCGAUGCUCUGCAGCUCAAAAUUCGGUGUCGGAUGAGCAUGAGCCAUGUUUACGAUACCGUUUGGCGGUGGCGCCAACGGUUUCGCCCGAUGAAGAGCGUGGAGGAUACGCAGGCUACCGUGGCCAAUAAUCCCAACAUGGCUGCUCUCACCGGCCCUCUUGCACGGCCGCCAGAUGACUCAUUACAGAGUACGAACCUGAUCUACACCCCAAAUUUCGAUGGUGCCUUCAUCAGCGAGGCAGGAUUUUCUGAAGUAUUCGAUUCCUUGAAUUGGGUCUUCGAUGGUAUUCCGGACUCCUUUGUGGCGCCCCCGAUCCUAUGA